AUGUACUGGUUCUAUUUAGUGUCACUUUUCGUAUCGUUUGCUGCCGCAUUGCAUCUCGACGUCAAGGCAGAAUCCAAACCACAGCCAGUGUGUGUUAGAGACUUUGUACAAGAAGGCCAAUUGGUAGUGGUCAAUAUCAAAACUAAUGGACGGGUUGGAGACGGACAGGUUUUGGACAUGAAAAUCGUGGAUUCUUUGGGAAACGAGCACAGAUCCAAGAAAGACUUGGCGGGAACCGUCAAGGUGGCGUUCACAAGCGCCUACAGUGCCGCUUUUGAUGUGUGUUUCACCAACCACCAGGAGAGAAAAUGGUCGCGUCACACGGAAUUGUCAAGGGAAAUAGAGUUGGAAAUCGAAUCGGGGGCUGCUGCCAGAGACUGGAAUGCCGUCCAGGCCGCUGAGAAGUUGAAGCCUGCAGAAGUGGAGUUGAAAAAAGUCGAGGAAAUGACGAAGGAAAUCGCCGCACAACUUCAGUACUUGAAGGUCAGAGAGGCCACUAUGAGAGACACAAACGAGUCCACCAAUUCUAGAGUCAAGUACUUUUCCAUCUUGGUGAUCAUCUCGCUCGUAGGCUUCGGAACAUGGCAGAUUCUGUACUUGAGACACUACUUCAAGGUCAAGCAUAUUAUUUAA